AUGCAUGCAGGUGUAAGUGAUAAUCUCACUCAAAUUGUUCAAUCUAUUUUAAAUGGAAAUACAAGUCAAAUCUCCUAUCGUCCAUCAUCAGCAGUAACAAUUGUUUAUGAUCAGGGUCGUAAUUUUAAUACAGUUAAUGGUUAUGUACUUCCACCAAUUGUAGCAGCUAUCGCGGUAGCUAGUGCUCAAUUAUCUGUUUAUUUACAAACUCAAGCUGUUCAAUAUUCUAAUGCAACACUUACAAAUGUUAUUGCAGCUAUAUCUUUGUCCAAUAUAACUCAUUCGCCUAUUAGUUAUACCAGUAUGAAUACACACAUAGCAACACCUUAUGGUAGUGUACUUGCUACAACACUUGGAUAUCUUUUUCUUUGGCUUAUUAUGCUCAGUUUAGUUGGUGUAGCUGUACGUAUAACUCAACCACUCGCUGGUAAAAUUAAAAUUAUUGAUGUUGUUUUCAUUCGUAUUAUUAACACUAUUUUUAAUGGUCUUAUAAUAUCUCUUAUCUAUAGUCUUUGUGUUCUUUGGUUUGCUGAUUUUAAUCAACCUGUACCUUUCAUCCGAUUUUGGCUUUUUAAUUGGCUUGCAGCUAUGACAUUCACAGUCAUAAUUGGUCUAUUUGUCAUUAAUUUAGGUGUUUUAGCACAAAUGGCUCUUAUUCUUUUUCUGAUUGUUAAUCUUGCUGCAUCAACAAACAAUAUAGCUAUUCAAUUACAGAAUAGAUUCUAUCGUGUCGGAUACGGUUUACCAUUAUAUCAUUGUUUUAAUGGAGGUCGCCAUUUGCUUUUUGGUUCAUAUACUAAACUUAACGAAGAUUUAGGUGUGCUUUUUGCAUACUAUUUCGGAACUAUUAUAUUUACAAUUCUAACUGGUGUUUAUCGAAUGCAUAAACAAGAAAAACAAAUUCUGGAGCUAAAUCGUCAAAAUGCUUUAAAAGAAAAUAACAUUAAAAUGCAAAAUGUACCUAAUAAGGAAAACUAA